AUGUAGGAGGACGGUGCGGGUGCACCUGGUGCCUCCCGUGACGCCCGUGUCGGGGGCUAUAAGAGCGCUCCCGGGGCGGCGGAGGGCACGUUCGGUGUUCCCACAACGGCAAACAACAUGAAGGUCCUCGCCAUCACUCUCCUGGCUGUGUGCCUCCUCCAGGGCCACAAUGCCCAGCCCCAGUUCUCCGGUCUGCGCAACCUGGUGAGCAACGCAGCCAGCACCGUCUCCGGCGCGGCUAACAACGCCGUCAGCGCCGCCACCAACGCCGCCAAGACCGCCGCCUCCACCGCCCAGAGCGCCGCCCAGAACGCCGUGUCCGACGCCCAGAGCGUCGUCUCCAACGCCCAGAGCGCCCUCUCCGGCCUGUCCUCCAACGCCCAGAGCGUGAUCAGCACCGCCACCAGCGGCGCCAUCAACCUGGAGAGCAUCAAGUCCUCCCUGAGCAAGCUCAGCCCCGAGGAACUGCUCGAGACCAUCACCGGCUCCGAGACCCUCGUCAACAACGCCGUUGACAAGGUCAAGAACAACAUCGAGAACGCCGUCGGCUCCGUCUCUGACCUCGCCAAGGCUAGGGUACAGGACGCCACCAGCUCCUGGAACUCCGACGUCGCCAAGGUCGUCAACAAGGCCGCGUCCGCCGGUAUCGACGUCAGCGAGUGCGCCGUCAACAGCGUCGCCGACCUGGGAGCCGAGGUCGUCCAGGACACCACCGGCUGCGUCACCAAGAAGAUCUCCGAGGGCGCCAAGCUCCUCAACAACAUCAUCAAGGUGCCCAAGCGCGCCGCCGACGUCACCACCGCCGGAGUCGCCGCCUACAGGAAGUGCUCCGCCAAGUCCGGCGCCAUGAAGGCUCUCUGCCACGCCACCGACACCCUGCCCGCCGCCUACAAGGCCGUCGUCCUCGUCAAGGACACCGUCAGCUACACCACCCAGUCCGUGACUUUCGUCAGCACCCUCCAGCAGCAGGUCAGCGCGUGCGCCGCCAAAGUGACCGCCACCAACGCCCUCAAGGCUGUCACGCUCAGCAAGAACGUGGUCUCCUGCGUCCAGACCCAGCUGACCGCUGCCUCCGCUUGAGUCAGUGAUACAAACAAUCGACGAUUUCUAUAAAUGGACGUGUUUCUAUGACAAGCUCA